UGGAUUGUGCCGCUUGUCAACAUACUAUUACCUAGUGGCUGGAUUGUCUCGUUGUGUCAGUCGCAGUUUGAAUUGAAUUCCGCCUUGUAUGAAUUUGUGUUCAAUACCUUCUGCUAGCAGUUCCUCGUUUAUUCUUCCCUUAUAAUUUUACCAAGAUGUUAUAUUUAAUCGGUUUAGGAUUAGGGGACGAAAAGGAUAUAACCGUUAAAGGAUUAGAAGCAGUAAGAAAAUGCAAACGUGUGUAUUUAGAGAGUUACACGUCGAUACUGACAGUUGGUGCAAAACGAUUAGCAGAAUUUUACGGCAAAGAAGUCAUUGAACUAUAUAGAGAAGAUGUUGAAUCUGAAGCCUUUAAAAUUUUAAAAGAUGCUGAUAAAGAAGAUGUUGCCUUAUUAGUUGUCGGUGACCCUUUUGGUGCUACUACUCACUCAGAUUUACUUUUAAGAGCCAAAGAAGACAAUAUAGAAGUUAAAGUAAUCCACAAUGCCUCCAUUAUAACUGGUGUGGGUUGCUGUGGUUUACAAUUGUACACAUUUGGUGAAAUUGUUUCAAUUCCAUACUGGAAUGAAAAUUGGGAACCAGAUAGUUUUUAUGACAAAAUUUUAGUUAAUUAUAAGAACAAUUCUCAUACAUUAUGUCUAUUAGACAUAAAAGUAAAAGAACCCACGCCGGAGAGCAUGUGCAGGAAAAAAAAGGAAUACAUGCCUCCAAAAUUUAUGUCCGUCAAAGAGGCAUGUCUACAAAUAUUGAAAAAACUUGAAAAGAUCGGUGAUUCAGCUUCACCAGAUGAUCUUACCAAGGAAACUAUAGUUGUUGGUCUAGCAAGAGUUGGUUGUGACACUCAGAAAAUUGUUGCCGGCACUUUAGAAGAAUUAAGCAUCAUAGAUAUGGGAGAACCGCUUCAUUGCAUGGUCAUACCUGGAAAAAAUUUACAUCCCCUCGAAUCUGAUUAUUUGGUUCCUUACGCUACUGCUGAAACAGCUCUGAAGUUGAAAGGAAACUAGCUCAUUAAAUUAUGACUACAAACGUUUAACAAUAAAUCAUCAAAAAAUAUUUCCAAAUUCAAAUUAAAAUAUAAUAACGUGACUUACUAAGAAAAUCCCAUCAUUAGAAUUAUACCGCGGA